ACGGAUGUAAACGACAAUGUCCCCGAAUGGAGCAUGGUUCCUGCCCCCUACCUGGCUGUGGUCUCUCCCGACGCUCCUGCAGGUUCGCUGGUCUACAAACUGUACGCUCAGGAUGGGGAUGAAGGCAACAACGGGGAAGUGGAGUACUUCCUGUCUGACGGCGGUGAUGGUCGUUUUGAAGUGGACAGGAAGAGCGGGCAUGUACGGACCACGGGCCUCCCCCUGCAGCGGGACCGGGAGUACCUGCUGACCGUGGUGGCUGCAGACCGGCUGGGCAGCCGCAGCGCCCCCGCCGUCGUCUCUGUGGUGGCAGGAGCCCGGCCGCCGCAGUUCACCAACGCUUCUUUCACCAUAUCCAUCCCAGAAAACACCCCCGAAGGACAGGCCUUCCUGGUCACACCUGCUGUGUCCUUCCAGGAGAAACCGAUCACCUACAGUCUUCUCAUCAAUCCCAGCAGCCUCUUCUCCAUCACUACAGAAACUGGGGAGAUCAGCCUGACCCGCCCCAUCGACUACGAGAGCGACCAGCACCGCUACCUGCUACUGGUGCGAGCCAGCGAGGGCCUGGACAGCAUGAGCAGCGCUGCCGAGGUUCGGGUGAUUAUCAUCGAUGAAAACGACUGCGUGCCGGAGUUCCUCCAGUCCAUCUACAGCAAAGAUGGUGUGCCCGAGACCGUGACGACCGCGACCUCCCUGCUGCAAGUAUCGGCCAGUGACUGUGACUCCGAGGAGAACGCUGAGUUAACCUACUACACCCUGAGUCAAGACUUCACCAUUUCUCCUCAUGGGACCAUUUUCCCCGUUGGGCCUCUGGACUACGAGAGGCCGAACCACCUGUACGAGUUUGUGGUGAUGGCGGUUGAUAAGGGGGAGGUCCCUCGCACCGGCACGACUACAGUACGGAUACGAAUGGCUAACGUCAACGACGAGGCGCCCGAGUUCUCCCAACACAUAUAUCGGACGUUUGUCUCGGAGGACGCAGGACCGAACACUCUCGUUGCCACGGUGCUGGCGAAGGAUCCUGACGGGGACGGGAUCACGUACAAGAUCACGACUGGAAACGAAGAGGGAAACUUUGUCAUCGACAGCCAGAAAGGUCUGAUCCGCCUGCGCUCCAGCCCUCCCCCGUACCUCCAGGGCGUCGAGUAUGUCCUCAAUGUAACAGCGACGGAUGACAACGCCUCGGGCGGACCUCAGGCCUUGUCAUCCACGGCGCAGGUCAUAGUGGGAGUGGACGAUGUGAAUAACAACAAGCCUGUCUUCGAGAAGUGUCAGCAGUACAGAGAGAGCACGUCGGUCCUUGAGAACCAGCCGGCGGGGACGUUUGUUCUGCAGGUCCAUGCUGUGGAUGCUGACGAGGGCUCCAAUGGAAGGGUCACAUACGGCUUCAUGCACAAAGACUCGACUGUGCCUGCGUUCAGCAUUCACCCAGACACCGGAGUAAUUGUGACAGCCAGGAAGUUUGACCGAGAACGCCAACGGGAGUACGCAGUGACGGUGACCGCCACCGACCAGGCAGCUGACCCCCUGAUUGGAAUUUGUCAGCUCACCAUCCUCAUCCUGGACCAGAACGACAACAGUCCAAAGUUUGAGAACAUCCGAUACGAGUACUUCCUUCGGGAGGAUACAAUGAUCGGGACUAGUUUCUUGCGUGUGGCAGCUCACGAUGAUGAUUUCGGCACCAAUGCAGCGAUCACCUACUCCAUGUCCAGUGAACAGCCUGAGUACCUGAGGGUCAACCCUUUGACCGGCUGGGUGUACGUCAACCAGCCCAUAUCUCAGAGGACCUACAUCACCAGGGAUAUUGUGGCUACAGACGGAGGGAACAGGAGCAGCUCGGUGGAGCUCGCUGUCACCAUCACCAAUGUGAAGAAUCAGCCUCCUCAGUGGGACAAGGACAGCUACAGCGUGGUCAUCCCGGAAAACACCGUCAGAGACACUCCCAUCGUGACCAUCAAAGCCACCUCCCCACUCGGGGACCCCAGGGUAACCUACAACCUGGAGGACGGUAUGGUCCCAGAAACCAACAUGCCAGUUCGCUUCUAUUUGACCCCAAACCGAGAGGACGGUUCAGCCUCCAUCCUGGUGGCAGAGCCCCUGGACUACGAGACCACCAGGAACUUCAUGCUGCGGGUUCGAGCGCAGAAUGUGGCCGCUGUACCGCUGGCUGCCUUCACUACGGUCUAUAUCAAUGUCACAGAUGUAAAUGACAACGUCCCGUUUUUCACCUCCUCCAUCUACGAGGCGUCCGUCACUGAAGGGGCAGAAUCAGGAACUUUGGUUUUCCAGGUUUCGGCCAAUGACCUGGACCUGGGUCUCAACGGCAAGAUCUCCUACUCCCUGCUGGAGGAUCGCAGUGGUGACCACCAGUAUUUCCGGAUCGACCCAGAGCUGGGAUUUAUCUACUCACAGACGGUGUUUGACCGAGAGACCAAAAGCUCGUACCUGUUGGAGGUUCAGUCUGUGGACGGGAGGGAGUCAUCGCGGCCCGGCAAACAUGGACAACCCAACUCCGACACGGCAUAUGUUCGGGUUUUUAUCAGCGACGUGAACGAUAACAAGCCGUUCGCGACGGCGUCCUAUGAAGUCGACGUGGGAGACGCAGACGUGGGCUUCGCCAUUCUCACCGUCAGCGCCAUCGACGGGGACGAAGGUGGAAAUGCAAAGCUGCGCUACCAGAUCACAUCAGGCAACACGGGAGGGGUGUUUGAUGUGGAACCAGAGGUGGGCACCAUCUUCAUCGCCCAGCCUUUGGACUACGAGCAAAACAAAAGGUACAAGCUUCAUGUCCUGGCAUCAGAUGGAAAGUGGGAGGAUUACACGACAGUGACGGUCAACGUGGUCAACAAGAACGACGAGGCUCCCGUGUUUACUGUGAACGAGUACUACGGCAGUGUAACAGAAGAGCUGGACGGCUCGCCGGUCUUUGUGUUACAGGUAACCGCUUCCGACCCGGAUAAGGACGCCGAUCAGGAGGCGCUGCGUUACUCCCUGCACGGCCAGGGUGCAGAGAGCGAGUUUAUUAUUGAUGAGGUCACGGGGAAGAUCUACGCCCAGAGGACGCUGGACCGCGAGGAGCGAGCCGUGUGGCGUUUUGUCGUCUUGGCCACGGACGAGGGCGGGGAAGGUCUCACCGGCUUCACGGACGUCAUCAUCAACGUUUGGGACAUCAACGACAAUGCGCCCGUCUUCACCUGCGCCCCCAGCUGCCACGGAGACGUAGCCGAGAACUCCGUGGUCGGGACGUCUGUGAUGGAGAUGACGGCCACCGACCUGGACGACUCGGCGGUGGGGCAGAACGCCGUGCUCUCGUACAGGAUUCUAGGUAGUUUGGACGCCGCCGACCUCGAGGCGGGAGGCGUGCCUACCUUCUCGGAGAUGUUCACCAUCAACCCCACCACGGGGACCAUCACCGUGGCAAUGAGCGGCCUGGACAGGGAGCAGGUGGAGUCGUACCUGCUGGUCGUGGAGGCCAGGGAUGGAGGAGGGAUGACAGGAACUGGGACUGCCACCAUUAAAAUCAAAGAUGUGAACGAUCAUGCUCCGAGGUUCAUCGACCACUCCUGUGUGGCGAGGAUCUCUGAGAACGCAGAACCCAAUGCGCAGGUCCUGGAGCUGGCUGCAGAAGACAGAGACACCGGGGAAAACGCCCAGCUGACCUUCAGCGUUGUCGCCGGAGACCAGGAGCAGAAGUUCUACAUGGUCAGUCACAAGCAGGAGCAACGUGGCACCCUGAGGCUCAAGAAACGCCUGGACUACGAACGACACAGCGAGCAGCGGUUCAAUCUCACACUGAAGGUUGAAGACCUGGACUUCUCCAGUCUCCUGCACUGUGUGGUAGAGGUGGAGGACUACAAUGACCACGCUCCCGUCUUCAUCCCGCACUUCCUGUCUCUGGCCCCACUACCUGAGGACAUCAACGUGGGAACCAGUGUGGCACGUCUCGUCGCCAGCGACUCUGACUCAGGCCAGAACCGUGAAAUCACCUACAGCCUGUCGGAGGACUCGGAUCCCGAGGGGCUGUUCACCAUCAACCAGUCCGGUCUGCUCUCUGUGGCCCGGCCUCUGGAUCGGGAGAGGGUGGCGCAGCAUCACUUGGUCGUCAUAGCAACCGAUAACGGGGUUCCACCUCUAACGGGCAGUGCCACAGUCCAGCUGCCUCUGCUGGAUGUAAAUGAUAACGGGCCAGAGUUUGAAGCGUCAUACUCGCCGGUCGUGUUUGAGAACGUGGCGGGACCACAGGUAGUAAGGAUGAACCAAACGUCCACCCUCCUCCGAGCUGUGGACCGGGACUCUCCAGAGAACGGCCCGCCCUUCCACUUCACUGUCCCCUCCGAGUAUCGCCACAGCAAUGAUUUCUACCUCCAGGACAACCUCAACGGCACGGCGACACUGACGGCUCUGAGGACGUUUGACCGAGAGCGCCAGAAGGAGUUCCUCAUCCCGAUUAUUAUGAGCGACAGCGGACAACCAGCCAAAACUGUGACCAGCACGCUGACAGUGACCAUCGGGGACCAGAACGAUCACGCACAUGUGGCGGGGGAGAAGAAGAUUUUCAUCAAUAGUCACAGAGGCCGUAUGCCAACAACCGUCCUGGGUAAAGUUUACUCUCCUGACCCUGAUGACUGGGACAACAAGACAUAUGUCUUUGAGGGACAUGUGCCAAGCUACUUCAUCCUGAACAAGCGAACUGGCUUCCUGAUCAUCAAGGAGAACGCUCCACCCGGCACCUAUCAGUUCCAGGUGCGCGUGUCCGAUGAAGUGUGGCCAGACGCCGUCUCUGCUGUGACCGUGCAUGUGAGGGAGCUGCGAGACGAGGCCAUCUACAACUCCGGCUCCGUCCGCCUGGCAGACAUCACAGCCAAGGAGUUCAUUGAACUGAGAGGAAAGCAGCGGAGUCGCUACGAGCUGUUGGUGGACUUCCUCUCCGAGAUGCUCUCCGUUCCCCCGGAUGAUGUCAACAUCUUUAGCCUGUUGGACGCCAAGGAGCGAACGCUGGAUGUUCGUUUCGCCGUGUACGGUGGCCCCUCCUUCCUGCGGCCAGAGAAAAUGCACGGUUAUCUGGCCGCACACAAACAGAAGCUCCAGUCGUUCCUGCAGGUCAGCGUAGUCCAGAUCCGGGUGGACGAGUGUCCCGGUUCGGAGUGUGCCGGGGCCGGAGGCUGCACCAGUGUUCUGAACGUGCGGGACACGCCCACAGUGGUGGAUUGUGGGACCAUGAGUCUUGUGUCUGUGACGGUGGAAUCCACAGCUGUGUGCUCCUGUCCGGGCAGAGAGCAGUCCCACCAGCCCUGCAGUGCAUAUCCCAGAAACCCCUGCUUCAAUGGAGGCAUGUGUGUGGACACUCAGCACGGCUACAGGUGCCAAUGCCCAGCGCAGUACGAGGGGCCCGAGUGCCAGCAGAACAAGCACAGUUUCCAAGGCAACGGAUAUGCCUGGUUCCCUCCCAUGAUGCCUUGCUUUGAGAGUCACGUGUCCCUGGAGUUCAUCACGGACGUGGCUGACGGACUGCUGCUGUACAGCGGCCCCUUGGCCCAGCUGCAGGCCUGGGACCAUGAGGACUUCAUAGCCAUAGAGCUCAUAGACGGGACCCCCACCUUGAAAAUCAACCACGGCUCGGGCACAGUGGUGCUACAGUUGCCAGGCAACGUGAACGUGGCAGACAGGCGGUGGCACCGGCUGGAUGUCCGCAGCAACAGCAAGGAGGUGCGGUUCACUCUGGAUCGCUGUUCAGGAGCAGCAGUGAUGGAGAUGGAGGGACUGGGCAGCUGGCUGACCACAGAAGACCACUCAUCCUGCGAGGUGACGGGCGUCACACCCAACACUGACAGACACCUGAACAUGAGCCACGUGCUCCAGCUCGGCGGGGUGAACGAGGACAUCCCGUACAUCUACCCUCAGCUUCAGCACAAACACUUCACCGGCUGCAUCCGCAACCUCAUCGUGGACAGCAAGCUGUAUGAUUUGGGCUCCCCGGCCGACUCUCAAUCCAGCUCUCCGGGCUGCCUGACCACUGACAGCAGCUGUGUCAACAUGGGCUAUCCGUCCUGUGGCCACCGAGGUCGCUGUCACGGCGAGUGGGGCUCCUUCAGCUGCCAGUGUGUGCCGGGAUACACGGGACACCAGUGUGACGAGGAGGUCCCAGAGUAUUCCUUCGACGGCCACAGUCACGUGCAUUUCCAGUUGGCGUCCCCGCUGUCGGCCCGGAGGACAUGGGUUCAAGUCCUGGUUCGAACCCGCAAACACAGCAGCACCAUCCUGAACAUGAUCUCAAAGGAGCAGAGCGAAUACAUUCGACUGGAGGUCUUCCAGGGCCUCCUCUGUGUUUUCUUCAACCUUGGCGACGGGGACUACAACCUGACCCUGCCUGCUUAUCGCCUCGACAACGGUGAAUGGCACGAGGUGUUGCUGGAUCGGCAUGACAACGAGCUGACGCUGCGGCUGGACGGCGGCGGAGGGCAGAGGGAGGUCACGGGAAUGAGAGGCCGCAGCAGAGAAAUCAUCAUUGACCCGACUGUCGUGAUGCUGGGAAACAGCUUCCCGUCUGGAGUCAACAAGAGCUUUCAGGGCUGCAUGAGGGAUUUACGCCUCAAUGGUCGCUACAUGCCGCUGGACAGCCAGCCCCGAGAUGGGGUUUCCCAGGUCAGCAUGCAAGGUCUCUCCCCUGGGUGCUCGUCUGACUCCUGCAAAAGGAACCAAUGUAGCGCCCCCUUCACCUGCGUGGACCUGUGGAGGGUACACGAGUGCAGGUGUCCUCCUGGCCACAUGGUCCGUGUGAACGGGACGAAGAAGUCCUGCGUCUACACCCUCUGUGCCACGCGUCCUUGUCACCGGGGAACCUGUGUGGCACAGUCACCGUCCAAAUUCACCUGCCACUGCCCGGAGGGUUACAGAGGACGCCACUGUGAGACGACGCUGGCCAUCUACAGAGACGACGUGGGCUUGAGCUUCAGCUCCCUCUUUGCCAUCUGUAUUUGCUUCAUGGCCUUACUAGUGCUGCUGCUGGGCAUUUUCCUCUACACGCGCUGGAGGAGCUACAAAGGGCUGAAGGAGGGAGUCUACCACGUGUCGGCCCACCAUGACGGCUGGGAGGAUAUCAGGGAGAACGUCCUCAACUAUGACGAGGAGGGAGGAGGGGAGGAGGACCAGAAUGCGUACGACAUGGCGGAGCUGCAGAAGUCCCUCCAGCCGAGCCCGGCCCAGUCGGUGCAGUACUGCCGCUCCAGAGCCCUGCACCACCCUCCACCCCCUCCACACCACCACCACCACCACCACCUCCUGCACCAGGCCCACCCCGCCCCGCCCUCCACCCAACCGCUGGAAUCCCUCAGCCGGACCACCAGCUCCACCACUCUGCCCCCUUCAGCCGCCUCCACCUCCUCCACCGGCACCACCGGCCUGCGCAGAGACGUGCCCCCCACCCGACUCCCCGCCCAGGGCCAGGCCCGCCCCUCCCAGCUGGCCCGGCGCUCCCUCUCCUUCUCCAGCCAGGACCUCGCCCGCUACCUGUGCGAGAUCAUCCGCGAUGCGGACCAGCAUCCGGACACGGGACCUUUCGACUCCCUGCAGGUCUUCUCCACCGAGGGAGGGGGCUCGCCCGCCGGCUCCCUCAGCUCCUUCAGCUCAGCGGGGCUGGACGGAGGGAGCGGCGCAGACGGAGGAGGAGGCGGAGGAGAGGGGAGAAGGGAGGAGACGCUGGGGGAGUGGGGCCCUCGCUUUGAAAAGCUGCGGGCGUUGUACGAGCGAGCGGAGGCGAGCGACCUCUGAGCUCAGACGCUCACAGACUCAUGGGACCCUUAAAAAACGGGGCCGACCCCCCGAACAAUCAAUUAGCAGACGCUCGACGAUGACAGCGAGAGAGUGAGUGACAGACAGACUCGCUCAGCUCCCCCUCGACCUGACACAGGAUGUGUUGUAUUUACUGGAUGAUGAGCGCCGUCAAU